CUCUGCGUGGUGCUUGUUGUAUGGUGUUGACAUGUCCUCUGUUUUCUCCUUGAUUCAGAGCAUUCAUUUGCCCUGUUGUAAAAUGAAGGGGAAGCAUGAACAGCCUCGUGUCUAUCUGAUCUGCCAGCUUGUUAAAGUCCAAAGUUAUAGAGAGAAAAAGAGAGGCUGCAAAUCACUUGAGUAUAAUUCACAUCAGGAACUUAAAGAGGAACCAUAGUGAAUUUAAAUGCAACACAAGAAUUACUUGGGGAUGUAAUUUAAGCUUGUGUGAUCACACUGUAAUCUUGAAAGAGAUGUUUUCUUUUUAACUUUUUACCUUGGUAAGUGUGGCAAGAAAAGGUAAAAGAAGAGCUAUAAAUGCUAGCAAACCAGCUGCUUUCAGGGGAGCAAGAGUGUUUUCAAAUUCUCAGAACCUGGUGUGAACUAAUAGGCCCUAAAUGCCCUGAGCAGCCUCACCUGUUGCCUCCACCCACCCCUCCUGAUGAGGAGCUCUAUUUAGCUCAGCCCUGGAUUCUCUUUUUUUUUUCCUCUACAGGAAUGCUGCUGGGCUGUAGCUCUAGCCCUGCUGUGUCUGGGUCUCUUUGGUCUUUGGCUCUGACUUCUCGACUUGGCUGUGAAGCUGCUCCCUGAGAUGUCUUGUCCUCGUUAUCCUCAGCAGGACUUAUCCUAAAGUAAUUUCCCAACACUGUUCUUGGGAGCAUGCCUAAGGAUUUAGACUCCCAGCUGCUCUCUCCUGACCUGGCAGCUUCUCAGUGAUAGUGGGAAUAGCAUUAAAUUUCAGACAUAAAUUGGUCAAAGGCAAAACAGAGAUACCAGCACUUACAAGUGAGCAUCAGUUUUAUACUGUCAUUAAAGUGAAGCUGGAAUCAGAUGGAACAAGCUGCAAACUGGGCAUGUGCAGACUCUGCCCUCUCCUGUAUUUAAAUGGAAGCCGCUGCUGCUGCCCUUUGCUGAGCUGAUGGACUGAAGCAAUCUGAAGCUCUAGUGAGAAACUCUGCACUGCAUCUCACACCAUUCCAAAGAAUCCAAUAACCUGCUUCACACACACAAAGGUAAAGUGGCUGGCUUAAAUUCAGAGGACAGCUCUUCUGUCUUGGUUUUUGCUUAGAUUUUGUUCACCUGAAUAAUCAGCCCAAUCAGAAGAGGAUCUUUUUUUCCCUCUGAGGACACCAAGAGCACCAAAACUGUGGAGUCCCACAAUGCAUGGAAUGACUCAGAAGCCAAUGCCUACACACGGAUGGAUCUGCUUCUUAGAGCCCCAACAGUCAAGUGUCUGUAUCACCAAAAUUUUGCAUUUUAACUUGACACAAAGGCUGGCUGAAGAGAGUUUCAGGAAUGAAAGCAGUGUGUGCUGCUUGUGGCUGAGAUUAAAUCCGGAAGAUAGGAUACAAAAUCUGCUAUCCAAAUUGCUCAACAGGGCAAGCAUCAUCCAUGGAAAGCCCUGCUGUCUACUGGAAAGAGGGCUUAGCAGUCAACGUCACCCUGCUGAAACCAUAAUUGAGGGGGAUUACACUCCUCUCUGUGCUGCCUGUCAUUGCAGGGCAAGUGCCCACAGAGGCAAGCUCAGAAACCAGAGAAAGGACCUGCGAAGGAAAAGGUGCUAUCACUUGUUUGAGGCCUCUUGUAGAAACACCACACGAGGAACCCCAGGAAAUUACAGUGUUUCUGAAGAUGACAGUGCAAGAUGCUCCUCGUGCCUUUCCCACAGUGGAUGUUCCAGACCAUGCCCAUUAUACAAUUGGAGUUGUCAUCCUUCUAGUGGGGAUUACAGGAACUCUGGGUAAUUUCCUGGUCUUCUAUGCUUUCUGCAGGAGUAGGAGCCUUCAGACUCCAGCCAACAUACUCAUCAUCAAUCUAGCUGUUAGUGACUUCCUGAUGUCCAUUACACAGUCUCCAGUUUUUUUCACCAGCAGCCUCUACAAACACUGGAUUUUUGGUGAGAAAGGCUGUGAGCUGUAUGCCUUCUGCGGAGCUCUUUUUGGCAUUACAUCUAUGAUCACUUUGAUGGUGAUUGCCUUGGACAGAUAUUUUGUCAUCACUAAACCUCUGGCUUCUGUUGGAGUGACGUCAAAGAAGAAGGCCCUAAUAAUCCUGGUAGGAGUCUGGCUGUACUCUUUGGCUUGGAGUCUCCCACCCUUCUUUGGAUGGAGUGCAUAUGUUCCUGAGGGUUUGCUGACUUCCUGCUCCUGGGACUACAUGACUUUCACCCCAUCAGUCCGUGCCUACACCAUGCUGCUUUUCUGCUUUGUCUUUUUCAUUCCUUUGAUUGCUAUCAUAUACAGCUAUGUCUCUAUCUUUGAGGCUAUCAAGAAGGCCAACAAGUCUAUUCAGACAUUUGGAUGCAAACGUGGAAAUAGAGAGUUCCAGAAACAGUAUCAGAGGAUGAAAAAUGAGUGGAAGAUGGCCAAAAUUGCACUGAUCGUCAUUUCGUUUUUUGUCAUUUCCUGGUCACCAUACUCUGUUGUUGCUCUGGUAGCUUUUGCUGGGUAUUCCCAUGUCCUAACACCAUUCAUGAACUCCAUACCAGCUGUGAUUGCCAAAGCUUCUGUCAUCCAUAACCCCAUCAUUUAUGCCAUCACUCACCCCAAAUACAGAAGAGCCAUUGCAACAUAUGUUCCUUGCCUUGGGCCCCUACUGAGAGUUUCUCCUAAAGACUCACGGUCCUUCAGCAGUUACUACUCCUCCAGACGAGCGACCGUAACCAGCCAGUCUUCUGAGAUAAGUGGGCUGCAGAAAGGAAAAAGGAGACUGUCUUCUCUCUCUGACAGUGAAUCAGGCUGUACUGAAACAGAAACUGAUACUCCCAGUAUGUUCUCCAGACUUGCCAGAAGACAAAUUUCCUACGAAACAGAUAAAGACACAACUCAGACUAGUGACAUAAGAGCCAAAGUGACAAGCCAGGAUUCUGGGAAUUGUGGGAAGACAGCUGUAGAUGCUGAUGACAUAUUGAUGGUGGAAUUGAAUGUCACAGAGUACAUGGCUACACCUACUCAAACACAUAAAGCAUGCAGCUUGGAGGAAAUCAAGAAAAGUGCAAGCCUGAACAGUAUUGGACAAAGAAAAGGAGAGCCUCUCCAGGGAUCAUCUUCAGCCCAGAUACCCAGUAUUACAAUAACAUGCAGCAGUGUCCAAGGAGUAGAGCUGCCUUCGAGAUACAACUCUGGUUUCCUGUACCCUAAAUCCAGCAGUCACAAGCAGAACAAGAAGUCCAGCAGUUGAGUGGUGCAAGACAGAAUAUCACCUCAGCCAACAGCUCUGGAACAGCUGUGGACUGUCUGAAUUCAGAAUACCUUCCUAGAUUGGUCUGAAAUGUUCCUACAAAGACACAGCACAAGACAAGCAAGGAUAAAAACAUGAGGAUUGAUCUUUUCAGCAUCAGAACUCUCUCCAGUGGAUCACAUCUUGAUCUGAGUCACACUGUAAUUUUAAUAUUUCUUCUUUAUGCAGCUCAUGAAAAAAAUUAUUUCAUUUGGAUUUUACUCUGCUCACAUACAUUCCCAUCACUGCACAGACCUUACCUUCUAGGAUUAACCUGAGAAGGAAGGGAAGUAUGAUAUUUAAAACUGGCUUUGUUCACUUAGUGUAUUAACUUCAAAGUUAUUACAGAGCUAAAGCUGAGAAAUUUGGGGGAAAAUGUACAUUACUUCCUGAAGAUGGUUUCUUCAUUAUUGUGAAGUUUCUCGACCAAAUGUAAAUUUAAUUACACAGUCAGUGCCCCCUUCUCUCAUUAAUGACACAUUUUCCCCCAUAUACUUCUACAAUCCAAUGAAAGACAAUGGACUUCAGCAGUAAUUUGAAGUCUCAUAUUUGUAUUUUAAUUUCUGAGACAGGGGAAGAGAAAGGAGUAACAGUUGAGGAAAAGGCUAUGAUUCUUUCCAUACUUAGCUUAUUUUUCAACAGUGGCUUAAGAGAUUAUUUUAACCCCUUCUCAGCUGACUCCCACAGAGCUAUAGGAGAUUAUUAUGAAACUCCUUCUGACUUUCCUUUAGCAGGUUUCAUGAGAAGAAUGCAGAAUACAAAGCAAUGUUUGUACUGAAAUGUCUUAUGGGUAAGUCAAUACAUCUGCUUUCUGAUACUUCAAAGUUCUUUACUCUCUGAUGUGCUUUUCGAAAGUAAAUACCGGGAGGAGAAGGUUUAGUUCCCCAAAAAUGGUUGCUCUAGAGAUGUAUGAAAUCCACAUCAUCCCCACUUUGGCAUUUUCAUUUCCCCUUUCUCUAAACAGCAGCAUUUGUGUAGCUGAGAGUUUUCUUCCUCAGUGACUAAAUCCAUGAGAUUGUACUUCUUUCCCCUGAAAGGAAAGGGAAAGACUUCUAUCAGUAGUGACUUUCACCUUUUCCCUGGUGUCUCUCCUAGUGCAUAGGAAGAAGUGAAAAAAAUUCUUUUGCAAUUCAUAGCAGUCAAUCCAAAGUGGGGCUGAGCUGAAAAGACCAGGGCACAAAGCACUAUUGAAACUGUUCUUCUCCAUAGGCCCUCCAGCAGUUUUUUCUUUGGUUGCAAUAAUGGAGGGAACCCAGCAAGGCAUUUUUGCCCUAUGUAAAUCAAUUCUUCCCUAUGUUACAUCAGAAAAAGCCAUAAAAUCAAUAAAAAUGUAAUGAGCUUAUUAUUUUGAGGGGAAAAAUCAGUGGGUUCCAGAAGGUCUGGGGCAUUGUUUUAAAGUAAACUACUGGAAAAUUAGGUCAAACUGAGGUUUAUUAAAAGAAAGUUUAUUAAAACUAAAAGUUAAGAAGACAAUGACUUCUGCAGCAGACAAAUGUUAAUAAUGAAAAAAGUGAGGAAUUCAGGCUGGUAAUAGACUGCCAAAAAGAAACACACUGUUCAAAAUCCACAGUGUUUUUAUGUAAAUGAAAUCAUAGUCAUCAGAGAUGGAAAGGAGCAGUUACAGUCUCUCCCUUCACCUACCACAACAGGAUAUUGUCUCCCAGCAGAGGACAAUAUUAAACUGAUAAUAUAUACAGCUAGCAAUAAGGAGAAAGAAGAGAGAAAACUUCUUCAAACAGGGAGCAUGUUCAAAAAUAUUCCUCAAGUCUAAGGAGUUCUAUUGCAACUUAUUUCUGAGUCUUUUAAAAUAUUUAAGAGCAUGAAACAUGCAAUUCUUUCUUUGUCAUGAAGGCCAUUGACACUACUGAAAGAUGGGAAGAAAUAUUAGCAAGUGCUGCCUGUUUCAUAUGGGUCACAAAAGACUGAAUCUGUCAAGAAAAUAGGUCUAACUCACAUGUGCUGUUUGAUGUGCUAACAAGGAGUAUAUAAUAUGUGUCACUAAUAGCUAGAUCCUAUGCUUCAGUCAUGAUUUUGUUCCAAGCAGUAUUCUUCAAAACUGCAUUCUGCUCUCUUCUACAUUCCUUUCCACUUUUAGAGGGUAUAAAAAGAAUACUUCCAUGGCUAGAAGAGCUUUACGAAUCCACAGCAUGUUGUUCUCUGUAUCCUUCAACUCCAACAUGUAUUAGAGAUUAGUUUGUAUCUAUAAAAAGAACUACAGCUGUUCACGCUCAUCUACUUACAAGAGACUUGUAAAGCAUAUAUUAAUUAGGGAGAAAUUGUUUGUGAGCACUUCAAAACCCUUGUGUGUACUCUCUGUGUAACUAACAGCUUUGCCUUCCUUCACCUCUGCUAUGUCUAUAAAAAUCAUACAGGGGAAAGCCUACAAAAUUCAUCUCAUCUGAAUAUCUCUACAAGUGGUUCCACACUGUAACCCCUGUGGCAUUUGGAAUAAAUCAUUAUUAGUUCAUA